AUGUGUGUUGAGUUUUUGAAAAGUCUAUUACUUUUCUUUCUGGUCAUUUCUAUUACCUCAACAGCCCCCCCUAAAGGUACCUGUGCCAACGGUCGUUACAAGUUCUGUGAUUGGGCAACCUGGGACAAGUGGGGAGCGUGUUCGAAUGGCUGUGGGACCGGGGUUCGAACCCGAGUUAUGUUCAUCUGCUGUCCACCAGACAUAAAACUGAACAACAUCACCAAGUGUGUUGUGGACCUUUGUUCGUUUUCUAUGGCUCAAUAUCAGGAGGAUGCCACCUGUACAUCCAGCAAAGACUGCGCUAGAGUUGUUCCAUGCAGAGAAACAAGAUGUCGUAAUGGUGGAAGUUGUAGGGAUACCAGUAAAGGGUACCAGUGUAUCUGCAAACCUGGAUAUUCUGGGCGCAACUGUGAAAGAGUUUCCACAUGUAGUGAUAACCCAUGUCAACAUGGACAUUGCCGUGACGUCACAGGUGGAUAUACGUGUACCUGCGAUCCAGGUUAUGCAGGGAAAAACUGCGAAAGAGCUGCAACCUGUAGGGAUACUCCGUGUCAGCAUGGGCAUUGUCGUGACGUCGGUAGUGGGUACAGAUGUACCUGUGACCCUGGGUAUACGGGGAAAAACUGUGAGAGAGUUAUCACCUGUAGGGACGGUCCGUGUCGGCAUGGUCGCUGUCAGACUGUGGGAGGAGGAUACACAUGUACCUGUGACCUUGGAUUUGCCGGGAAGAACUGUGACAGAGGAACAACAUGCAGUGAUAAUCCUUGUAAAAGAGGAACGUGUCACGGAGGAUCGGGAGGGUACAGCUGUACGUGUCCUCCAGGAAUAGCAGGGAAGAACUGUGAAAGAGUUGCUGUUUGUAAGGACAACCCGUGUGUUAGUGGCACGUGUUCUGACACGCCAACAGGAUUUCGCUGUUCUUGUGAUGUCAUGCGCACUGGUCGUUUGUGUGAGACAGCUAUAAAAUGCAGUAGCCAUCCCUGUCAGCAUGGUUCAUGCAAGGAUACAUCACACGGAUUCAGCUGUACCUGUGAUGCCGGAUACAAAGGGACCACCUGCAACACGCGUGUCACAUGUUCAGACAACCCGUGUCAGAAGGGGGCAUGUCAUGAUGGAUCAGGGGGGUAUCACUGUACGUGUUCCACGGGGUACACAGGAAAGAAUUGUGACAGAGCUAUGACCUGUAGUGACAGUCCCUGCAGGCAUGGAUCUUGCAUAAAUACACGGACUGGAUUUACAUGUGUGUGUCCUCCCACACACAAAGGGAUCACGUGUGAUACAGCUUUGACCUGUAGUGAUAGUCCCUGCAGACACGGAUCUUGUAUAAAUACCCGGACUGGAUUUAGAUGCAUGUGUCCUCCCACCUACACGGGAAUCAUGUGUGAUACAGCCAUUACAUGCAGGGAUUCACCCUGCCGCCAUGGAAUUUGUAAUGAUGUACCCACUGGUUUUACUUGUGUGUGUCCUGUUACAUAUUCAGGAACUCUCUGUGAAAUAAUAGUUAACUGUGGCAGUCGUCCCUGCCAGCACGGUACAUGCCGGGAUACACCACAUGGAUUCUCCUGUACUUGUGAAGCAGGGUUCAGUGGAGAGAAAUGUGAUAAUCGCUUACCUGUUGUAAAAGUAACUUCUACAGUGGGAAGUUCUUCAAGUAAAGUCACCACGACAUCACAGAGUUCCCGAGUUAAGGUCACUACUGCAGGAAGUUCGUUAGGAAAAGUCACUGCAACAGGAGGUUCAUUGGGAAAAGUCACUUCAGCAGGAGGGUCAUUGGGAAAAGUCACUUCAGCAGGAGGGUCAUUGGGAAAAGUCACUACAUCUGUCGGCCAUCCCGCGGAUCUGUGUAAAACCAUCUCUUGUGGUCACGGCAAGUGUCUCCAGACUCCUACAAGCGUAUUCUGUGCCUGCAGUCCAGGAUUCACCGGAAAAUAUUGCAAUAAAGUGAUCACCAACUCUGGGAAUCGUAAUACAACUAGUGCGGGUAACAAUAUCCUGACUACCAAUGCUUACGUGGUAUCAAAGUCUAACAAUGGAUAUCUUUAUAAAACAACAAACAAUGGUUUAACAGGUAAAAUAGGAGGCCUUACCACCACUCACUAUGCAUUGAAUGGCAGAACACAAGGUUUAAAUGGAACAGGACAACAUAACAGUAACCAACAAACAACGAGAAAAACCAAUGGGGGCCAAAACACAAACAAACAAAACUAUCCCUCUCAAACGACGUCGCAUUCUUUCGUUGGAAUCAUUGGAUCAAAUAAUAAAAUUACUCGAAACAUAUUUGGUACAUCAAAACCAACAAAUGUUCCUGGAAAUUCCAUGCGUUCACAGAAAACGCCGACAAGCACCACAAAUAGCCACACACACAAAUUUGUUCCGGGAUCUUCUAUCAAUAUACUGAGUCAGAUUCAUCAAGGCUUUACCACCCGAAAUUAUGGAGUUGGGGUUGUUUCACAUGAAGAAAACAAUCGAAAAGAAAACUUUAGUAAAAUCUGGCCUUUUGGUAUAAUCCCCACAAUGGUGGGAGUCGCCCUCGCUCUGUCCGUACUGGCCACAACUGCAAUCUGCUGUUUCUUUUUCUGGAAGCGUUGGUCGGACGAGAAGAAGAAAAGAAGGAAACGAUUCAAACGAUGGGACAAGAAGAUUCGGCCUCUUCCACCGACUAAAAAACCACGACCUCUACACAGAUUCUAAUGUGAUAUAGAAAUUUUGAUCUCACAAGAAAUUUUAAUGUCAUCUCAGCUUUGAUUUCUAAUGCUGAGAGAAACAUUU